ACAAGUAGAUGUAGAGAUGAGGAAAUGAGCCAGAGUGAAGUGUGAUUGUUAGUGUCAAAGAUGAAACAGAAGCUACAGCUCUAUGUCUUCAUGUUGCUUGUACACGUUUCAGUUGGCGCGUGGCAGCGUUUGGCUGUGAAAUACGGUCAAACAGUUCACCUGAAGUGCCCAAUCACUGAUGCUCACCUGACAAAUGUGGAGUGGAAGAACCCUGACGGAUUCAUCAUGUUCUUCAGUCAUAAUAAAGGUGAAGAAACUUUGAAGGACAAACGCCACAACAUCAUCAAGCUGUCUAAGUCAGAAUUCACUAUCAGUAUUUCCAGUGUCACCUUUAGGGAUGGAGGUAUCUACACAUGCUCUCAGUACGGUCAGCACCUGACAGAGAAGAAGGUGGAGGUCACUGUUAUAGGUCAUCCCAAAAUGAAUGUAGCAAAGCAUGAAGGAAGGACUGUGGUAAAGUGCACAGCUGAAGGGAACAACCACCCUCCUCAGAUCUACUGGAAAUUCAACAAUGGGCCUGAAUUUCAGGCUCAAGCCCAAGUUCUUCAUGAAGAUAAAACAUAUGUCUCUAUGGAUACAAUGACCAUUAUCCCGCCGAACAGGAGAGUCACAGUGAAAUGCCUCGUUCGACAUCCAGCUCUGCACUCACAGCCUCUGAUGAACUUUGUGAAAAUCGGACGAGAUGCAGCAAAAUCCCCCUACUCAACCACAACCAGCUCACUCACAGAGCACCCUUCAGAGCCCACAGGGGUGAUGAGAACCAGUAGCAGGUCCAGAACAACAGAUGUGACAGGGGCAACAUCCGACCACCCUAUAAGGUUAUCAACUUCUCCAGCGACAGGAAGCACUGUGUCAACCACCGGCUCACCUCUCAGCACUUCGGAUGACUCAGGGACAUCAUCUCUCUCAACCAGGAGGAGGAACGACUCUGACAGUAAUGCAACAAGCACAUCAAGCUGGAUAUCUGUUGCCAAGACAACAGAGGAGAGCACAUCCCAAAACCAAACGGAGAGAAAUAGAACAGUGAGCUCUAACAACCCAAAGAUGCAGGCAGGAACGACAGGAAGUUCAUGGUUAUUGGUCUUUCUUGUGACAUUUCUGAUACUCUGUCUUCUGGUGGUUGUGAUAUUUUUCGCCAUCAAACUGAGGAGAGCUCACAUCGUAUGGAAGAGAGUUUUUAUUGUUGCAGAGAAUGAAGAUUCUGAUCCCUCAGAGGACAGCAGCAAAUCGAAAACAAGCCAGGAAGAGAGGAACACCCAAGGACAAAGGCGCAGAGGGCUCUUCAACACAGCAUUCACACCAUAUGUCAUAGAGGAACCAACAGUGAUCACCUCAGUGAUUAACACGGCUGCAAUGACAGCAUUGGAGUGUGAAAAUAAAGAGCAUACCUCUCAAUCUCAAACUCUGGGACAAACUUCAGACAAAUGUAAAAUAAAGGAGACAGAGCUCUAACAAUCAGUAAUGUCAAAAGCAGCAUUGUAAUGCUCACAGUUUCUGCUGAUUAUCUAAUGUACUGCACUGGGACAAGAGUACAUGUUUACAAUGAAAAUAAUGUGCUAAAACAAUGCUUUUGUUAUACAUGUUAAAUAUGGUUUGUAAAGUGACCUGCUGUGUAUAUACUGUAAAGUUGAUUUUGACAUUUAUAAAUAAAAUAUGUUUUGCUAUAAAAAAA